UUAAUCCUCGCGCUCAAGAUCGGCCAUGGAUCAGCAGAACAAGUUGCAAAUUUCAACCCAGUUAUUUUGAUUGAAUUACUGAGAAAAGGGGAGCCGAGUUUCAUUACAACAGAAUGAACAUUGCGAGGGCAAACGCACUGAUGCACAACAGCACCGAAGAAACCUCUCGGCCCUUCAGCCUACGGGAGCAGGAGACCCAACCUGAGAUGAGGCACAGGUCCGGCUCCUGGUCUGGGGCCAACGAAAGCGAAGAUGAGAUUGAGGCGAUGCAUUUGGAAAGAAAUCACAACCAGCCAAUCAACUGCAAUGUUGCUGAGCACCAGAGUUCAGUUUCCCAGGCAGAAGAUAAAAUGCGCAGGAAACUUCGCUUCUUUUUCAUGAACCCGAUUGAAAAGUGGCAGGCUAAACGAAGAUUUCCUUACAAGUUCAUUGUGCAGCUCAUAAAAAUUUUCCUCGUCACUGCUCAGCUGUGGUGGUUUGCGAAGAGUAGAUACACGCACAUAAACUACACCUGGGACAACAGGAUUGCCUUCUCACACCUUUUCUUGCGAGACUGGGAUCCGAUCAGGGAGGUGGACACCUACCCUCCAGCAACAGGUCCAAUGGCUCUCUACAAAGUCGACGAGUUUUUCGCCACCAUCGAUUACGCAGUUCUUGGUUAUGCUAACUUGACCAACGCAAUUGGCCCGUACUCGUACCCCACCCUUGACAAUUCAAUCACCCCGCUUGAGUUGUGCAUGAACAAAUACAAGGAGGGAAUAAUUUACGGCUUCAACGAGAGCUACAUUUUCAACAGCGAAAUAGUUGAACACUGCGUGAACUUGACGGUGGCUGUGAAUGCAAGCGACUUCUCGAGUGCAGAAUUUUUGAGCAAGAGAAAUCACACUGUCAACUUCUCUGCCCUCGUCUCGGCCAGUCUUCGUUUUGCUGUCAAAACUGUCAACUUCAAGUCUGCUGGACCUAUUUCCCCUCCAGACUGCUACAGAUUUGAUAUUCAUAUCGAUUUUGACAACGAAGACCAUGAUGGUCAAAUGAUGCUGACUUUGGAUGCUGAAGCUCUCCGGUUGUACUGCAACGGUGUAGCUGAGUACACAUCCGACAGCCUUACAGGCUCAAUCCUGCGCAGUCUGAUGAAUUGUGUUGUGAUUCUAAUAUGCAGUUUGUCCCUAGUCCUAUGCAGCAGGGCCAUUUACAGAGCGCAACAGCUCAAAUGGGAAACGGUCCGCUUCUUUAAGAACUACUACGGAAAGGAUUUGAGUUCACAAGGAUGCUGGCAGUUUGUCAACUUUUGGUACAUCAUGAUCAUUGCCAACGACAUUCUCAUCAUUCUCGGCUCGGCCAUCAAAGAGGAGAUUGAGAGAAAAGUACGGCAUUUUGUCGGAGACCAGUGGAACAUCUGCAGUUUGCUCCUCGGAACUGGAAAUCUCUUGGUCUGGUUCGGAGUUCUGCGUUACCUAGGUUUCUUCAAGACAUACAAUGUGCUAAUUUUGACGCUGCAAAGGGCAGCACCUCGAGUGGCCAGAUUUUCCCUUUGUGCACUGAUAAUUUAUGCUGGUUUCACAUUCUGCGGGUGGCUGAUCCUGGGACCUUAUCACAUGAAAUUCCGCUCGUUGUCGACAACCUCGGAGUGCUUGUUUUCCUUGAUAAACGGUGAUGACAUGUUUGCCACCUUUUCCAUCAUGUCAGACAAAUCCAUGAUGCUGUGGUGGUUCUGCAGAAUCUACCUCUACUCUUUCAUCGCCCUGUUUAUUUAUGUUGUGCUCAGCUUGUUCAUUUCCCUCAUAAUGGAUGCCUACGAAACCAUCAAGUGCUUCUACCAAGAAGGAUUCCCAAAGAGCGAUUUGAUGGAGUUUGUCUCUCAGUGCACUGAACCAGCCUCGAGUGACAGAUACCGAACCGACUCGUUCACCAAUGAUCCCAGCGACUUGCUCAAAUGCUUGUGGUGCUGUCGAAAGAAUCCAGCCUUUGACAGAGAAGACGAGCCAAUCUUGCAAUGAAAAGAGGAACUUGGCUGUUCUUUUUAUUGAUUGACAUUCCUGUCAAGAUCUCUUUGUGCGGACAUCUUGCUCAGACCGCAGCUGCUACGCCGAGAAAUCAAAUUACUUUUUUUAUCCGUUGAUAUUAAGUCUAUAUAUUUUUAUUCACCCAAAUAAUGAGACUGCAUUCUUGAUAAAAGUAUGUACAAACUGAUGCUUCAACUCUCUGGUCAUGUUUAGUUCCAAGCUUUAUUCGGUUGUCGACAUCCGGCUGAUUAAAUUUAUGUCAAAGUCUUAUGAGUUGAAGCAGAGAUAAAACUGAUUGAUUUUAUUGAUUAUUAUACAUUAGACCACUGUAUUUGUAAUAUUGGAGACACUUAGCAUAAAGGUUGUAAUCAGUUAUAAUUUUUAAACAAUUGUAAGUGACAAAUAAUAAAUAAAUAUUGUAUAUAGGCAGAAACCAAAGCAAGCAAAAUUUAACAAGAGAGCGCUUUUUUUUCAAAGCAUUCCAGCUUUUUUGAUCAGUAUGGUGUACAUAUAUUGCUUGCCAUAUUUUAAGCAUUGUUCUGAAAGUAACAUUAAAUCCUAUACACAAAUUUUAUAAA